UCUUUGUUUGCUCGGUUUGGCUUUCUCUUUCCUGCCUGGGAAUAUCAUGAGAAUAUAAACAGGAGGCUGCUCUGACAUCUUAGCCCUUUUCCCCUCAUCCAUCAGUGCUCCAACUAUUACCAAAGCAUACAGCCAAGAGAUCUGGGGAAAAAUUCAGAGAAAGACAAAAGCCUAUAUCCCACAAACGAUGCAGGCAGCUUAACCUGAGUGUACUCUCAAUUUGGGUUACCAAAAAGCCGGUUGACAUUCUUUGGGGAGGUGGACAGGUGCUUUUCUGGCUGUCAGCUUCUCUGGGACAGACAGGCAGUGAAAAGACAGCCUCACUGGGGGCUCUGCUGGAGCAGAAACACUUUCCACAGGCUAUGUUUGGAUGUGAUGCUUGUCUCUGUGGAUGUAACAUGGACUCUAUGGCCUGAUUACACAGCCCUGGUAUUCAGAUAGUGUUGGAGGAAAGGAUAAUGCAUAUCCUUCCCUACCUGGAACAAGAAGCCACCAUGAGCAACGUCACGGUCACUGACAACACUGAACCCAUCAGCCGCACCAUGAGUCCGGCAACUCCCACCCCUUAUGCCUAUCCAGUUAGUUUCCAGGUCUCCCUGACUGGCUUCCUCAUGCUGGAAAUCCUCCUGGGCCUGAGCUCUAACCUCACUGUGCUUGCCCUUUACUGUAUGAAGUCAAACCUCAUUAGUUCCGUCAGCAACAUUGUCACUAUGAACCUCCACGUGUUGGAUGUGCUGGUCUGUGUCUGCUGCAUCCCCCUCACCAUCGUAGUGGUGCUGCUCUCUCUGGAGGGUGACACGGCCCUCGUCUGCUGCUUCCACGAAGCUUGCGUCUCCUUUGCUAGUGUUGCUACCGCUGCUAAUGUGCUUGCCAUCACCCUGGAUCGUUAUGACAUCUCCGUCAAGCCAGCCAACCGUGUGCUGACCAUGGGCCGUGCCCUGGCCCUGCUGUCUGCCAUCUGGGUGCUAUCCUUUAUUAGUUUCUUGGUACCUUUUAUUGAGGUAGGUUUCUUUGCACAGGGCCACGCUGAGCUGAACCAGACUGUGGUAGAGAAUGUGGUCCAUACUAACCAGUACUACACAGAACUUGGCCUCUAUUACCACUUGCUUGCCCAGAUUCCUAUUUUCUUCUUUACUGCUGUUGUCAUGCUGAUCACCUAUUCAAAGAUCCUGCAGGCGCUCAACAUCCGCAUCGGCACGCGUUUCCAUGCCUCACAGAAGAAAAAGGCUCGCAGGAAAAAGCGUCCAUCCAUGACAGCCAUGACACCCCAGACAGAGGCAACAGACGGAUCCCAGAGCAGUGGCAGCCGCAACCCUACGCUGGGCAUGCGUACAUCUGUCUCCGUCAUCAUUGCAUUGCGCAGGGCUGUUAAGCGCCACAGAGAAAGGCGUGAGCGCCAAAAGAGGGUUUUUAGGAUGUCCCUACUGAUCGUAUCAACCUUCCUGCUCUGCUGGACGCCGAUUACAGUCCUCAACACAGUCAUCUUAAGCGUGGGUCCCAGUGACCUCAUGGUCAAGUUGAGACUGGGCUUCCUGGUCAUGGCUUAUGGGACGACAAUCUUUCAUCCUCUUCUGUAUGCCUUCACGAGGCAGAAGUUCCAGAAAGUCUUGAAAAGCAAGAUGAAGAAGCGAGUGGUGUCGAUCAUUGAGGCAGAUCCUACUCCCAAUAACGCCAUCAUUCACAACUCCUGGAUCGACCCAAAGAGGAAUAAAAAGGUGACAUUUGAGGACAAAGAGGCCCAACAGAAAUGUCUGUCUUCUGAGGAUGUGGAGUGAAGGAACUUAUUAUCUUUAGGGUAUACGGUCAAUAAAAGCAGCUAACACUGACAUCAGGUCAGGAUGAAAAAGGGAACAUGUUUAUCCAAAGCAGAAAUGUAAAUAAUAUGUGCAAUAGAAUGUACAAAACAAGAAGUGGAUAAUUUAUUACUA